UCAAUGAAGUAAAGGUGUGAAAAAACGAAUUACAAUUUGAACAACUAAAAAAACUAUGUACAUGUGUCCAUAAUAUAUUUUUUUCUAACAAAGAAAAAAAAAGGUUUAGUAUUGUGCCAGCAUACAAGGAUGAGAAUCAUUUAACAGUAAGAAUCAUCCUAAUUUGGAUGUGACUCAAAUUCUCAUUUGCCUGUGCGUGUGUGUGUGUGUGUCUCCACCCCUGAUCUCUAGAGAGAUGGAGCGUGAAUCUCGCCUCCUCUCGCGAUGUCGCCCCGCAUCGCUGUCCUUCUGCAGUGCGCGUAUAAAGCAGCGAGCCUCGCGGGAACGAGAGGAGGCGUUGCGGCAAGGUCGCGGCAGCAUCACUGCUCAAAUCAUUCCAGGAAACCGCCAUUUACGGAGAUAAUCCGGAUCUUUAGAGUUCCUGUGAGUUAAACGAGCCGAGAGCGCGUCAGAUCUCACGCUUGUGAGGAGUUGCGGUCCGGACGUGCGGCUGUUCUCCAUUUGCCUCCGCAUGUGCGCGUCGCGCUGCGGCUUCGGAGAGAAGCGCGACGCGUUAUUUCGGUCUCCCUGCAGCAUCAGUGUCCAGGCGAUUCCAGUCUGACCCAUCCGCAGUAUCCAUUUCAGAAGGUCUCUUCGCUUGUCAUGUCGGCGUCACCUCCGCCCGAUGCCGCCACCACCCAGAGCGAGCUGCUCCCUCCAGCCGAACCUGAUGCGCUCAAAGCCGCCGGUCCCACGCCGAGUCAGAGCCGCUUUCAGGUGGAUCUGGUGUCCGAGUCCGCCGGGGACGGGCACGACCCCGGCGCCGGUGGAGAGGAAGCCAAAGGCCGGUUUCGGGUGGUGAACUUCGCGGCCUCUAGUCCGGACGCGGCGCCGGCGGAGAGCGCGCAGAACGGGGACACGGUGAUGAGCGAGGGAAGCCUGCACUCGUCCACCGGCGGCCAGCAGCAUCAUCACUACGACACCCACACCAACACGUACUACCUCCGCACCUUUGGUCACAACACCAUCGACGCGGUGCCCAACAUCGACUUCUACCGGCAGACCGCCGCACCGCUGGGCGAGAAACUCAUCAGACCCACCCUGUCCGAACUGCACGACGAGCUCGACAAGGAGCCGUUUGAAGAUGGUUUUGCUAACGGUGAGGAGUUGACACCUGCUGAGGAGGCCGCAGCCAAAGAGGCAUCUGAAUCGAAAGGAGUCGUGAAGUUCGGCUGGAUUAAAGGAGUGCUGGUGCGCUGCAUGUUAAACAUAUGGGGUGUGAUGCUCUUCAUACGCAUGACAUGGAUCGUGGGACAGGCAGGAAUCGCGUAUUCCUGUUUAAUCGUUUUAAUGGCAACUGUUGUGACCUCCAUCACGGGCUGCUCGACCUCUGCCAUCGCAACCAACGGCUUUGUACGAGGAGGUGGAGCGUAUUACUUGAUAUCCCGAAGUUUAGGUCCAGAGUUUGGCGGCUCUAUUGGGCUGAUUUUUGCCUUUGCUAAUGCUGUGGCCGUGGCCAUGUACGUCGUGGGUUUCGCUGAAACUGUCGUGGAGCUGCUCAAUGCGGCUGGUGCAUUGAUGUUGGAUCCCAUUAAUGAUGUACGUAUCAUCGGCACUAUUACGGUCAUUCUGCUGCUGGGUAUUUCGGUGGCGGGGAUGGAGUGGGAGGCAAAGGCUCAGAUAUUCCUCUUGGUCAUUUUGGUCACGGCCAUCUUCAACUACUUCAUUGGAUCCUUCAUCCCUGUAGAGUCCAAGGAGAAGUAUGGUUUCUUCGGCUAUGAUGCGGGCAUCUUGGCUGAUAACUUUGGUCCAGACUUUCGAGGGGAAACGUUCUUCUCCGUGUUCAGCAUCUUCUUCCCAGCGGCCACAGGCAUUCUGGCUGGAGCAAACAUCUCAGGAGAUCUAGCCGACCCUCAAAUGGCUAUCCCGCGAGGAACUCUGCUGGCGAUCCUCAUCACAGGUGUGGUGUACAUGGGUGUGGCCAUCUCUUCAGGUGCGUGUAUUGUGAGAGAUGCUACAGGUAUUGAGAGUAACAGUACUCUGAGCAGCACUAUCAACUGCACUGAUGCAGCCUGUAAGUACGGCUAUGACUUCACUUCCUGUAGACCUGUGGUCGAGGGAGCGCCGUCACCCUGCAAGUAUGGCCUCCACCAUGAUUUCCAGGUGAUGAGUGUGGUGUCGGGCUUCAGUCCUCUUAUCACUGCGGGCAUCUUCUCUGCCACCCUCUCCUCUGCCCUGGCAUCACUUGUCAGUGCUCCUAAAGUCUUCCAGGCUUUAUGCAAAGACAACAUCUACCCUGGAAUCGCGGGCUUUGCCAAGGGCUACGGCAAAAACAAUGAGCCGCUGCGUGGGUAUUUCCUCACGUUUGGCAUCGCUCUGGCCUUCAUUCUGAUUGCGGAGUUGAACGUCAUCGCCCCGAUCAUUUCAAACUUCUUUCUGGCAUCAUACGCUCUCAUCAAUUUCUCUGUGUUUCACGCGUCACUGGCUAACUCCCCUGGAUGGAGGCCGAGCUUCAAGUACUACAACAUGUGGGUGUCCCUGGCCGGGGCCAUCUUGUGUUGUGUUGUUAUGUUUGUCAUCAACUGGUGGGCGGCGCUCCUGACCAACGUCAUCGUCCUGUCGCUCUACAUCUACGUGAGCUACAAGAAACCAGAUGUGAACUGGGGCUCGUCCACUCAAGCGUUGACGUAUCAUCAGGCUCUGACACACAGUUUACAGCUCUGCGGUGUAGCAGAUCAUAUAAAAACCUACAGGCCGCAGUGUUUGGUGAUGACUGGAGCUCCAAACUCACGUCCAGUGAUUCUGCAUCUAGUUCACGCCUUCACCAAGAAUGUGGGUCUGAUGGUGUGCGGUCACGUGCGCAUUAGUUCCCGCAGGCCUAACUUCAAAGAGCUGAACAACGAUACGUUGCGCUACCAGCGAUGGCUCCUCAACAACAACUCCAAAGCCUUUUAUUCACCUGUCGUGGCUGAAGACCUCCGUCAAGGAACACAGUUCUUACUUCAGGCUGCUGGUCUGGGCAGGUUGAGGCCCAACACUUUAGUGCUCGGCUUCAAAAACAACUGGCGCACUGGAGAUAUAAAGGACGUAGAGACCUACAUCAGUGUCAUCCACGACGCCUUUGAUUUUCAGUACGGUGUCGUCAUUCUCCGGCUCAGAGAGGGGCUUGAUAUUUCUCACAUACAAGGACAAGAUGAUUCUUCAGGUAUGAAGGACGUGGUGGUCUCCGUGGACAUGAGUAAAGACUCGGAUGGAGACUCGUCCAAACCCUCCUCAAAGGCCACGAGUGUUCAGAACAGUCCAGCGGUCCAGAAAGAUGAGGAUGAGGAUGGCAAAGCGUACACUCAGCCACUGUUGAAGAAAGAAAAAACCAGCCCGACAGUUCCUCUGAAUGUGGCUGAUCAGCAGCUGUUAGAUGCCAGUAAGCAGUUCCAGAGGAAGCAGGGGAAGGGGACAGUAGACGUGUGGUGGCUCUUUGAUGAUGGUGGUCUGACUUUACUGAUCCCGUAUCUGAUCACCAACAAGAAGAAAUGGAAGGACUGUAAGAUCCGUGUGUUCAUUGGUGGAAAGAUCAACAGAAUCGACCAUGACCGCAGAGCAAUGGCAACAUUGCUCAGUAAGUUCAGGAUCGAUUUCUCUGACAUUACUGUGUUGGGUGACAUCAACACAAAGCCCAGAUCAGAAGGCGUGACGGAGUUUGCUGAAAUGAUCGAGCCGUAUAAACUGAGAGAAGAUGACAUGGAGCAGGAAGCUGCUGAGAAGCUGAAGAGUGAAGAACCCUGGAGGAUUACAGACAAUGAGCUGGAGCUGUACAAAGCAAAGAGUAAUCGUCAGAUCAGGCUGAAUGAGCUGUUGAUGGAGCACUCGAGCACUGCAAACCUCAUUGUCAUGAGCAUGCCGCUGGCCAGGAAAGGGGCCGUAUCCAGCGCUCUGUAUAUGGCCUGGCUGGACACUCUAUCCAAAGACCUGCCGCCCAUCCUCUUAGUGCGUGGAAACCAUCAAAGCGUGCUCACAUUCUACUCUUAAAGAGCUCACGGCCCGAACCGCACAGACACAUUAACAUGCACAUGAACGAGCACACUUUACGAGUCCAGCACCAAUGACUGACGACAAUGAUAAUGAUGAUGUUAGUGAUGCGGACACGGACUCUUUUUGUAGCUUCAACACGACCAACCGAAUGCAAGCUGAAACAAACAUACGGUCCUUCCACGCCGCAGAGGUCGAGACGAGAGAAAGAUCAACAUUGGCCGGUUUCUGUUGUCUUCGGCUCAAAGGUUUCGAGCACACGUUGUUACACUGAUUGUCAUUAUCAUUGUUAUAAUUUCUUAUGACUGUCACAACUUUUUGAGUUGUGCAUUUUUUCCUCUUUUAAUUUGCUCUUGAUGAAGCAAUAAUCACCUCAUUUCUUCUUUCCUCACUUUGAAGAAAAACACAAAUCUUUGCAACACUUUUAUAGCCUUGUUGAUGUGCCUUCCUGUGCAAUCACAUUAAAUUCUUAAACUUUUGCCCUGACUGGUGAUUUAUAAUAAAGUAGAUUUAGAUUGCUUGUUUUUUUAUUGGGUUUUAAAUGUACUCUCCUUUGAUUUUAUCACAUUUUAACGCGGGUGGUCUGAUGUUUCCACUGCGCUGCAUAGAGUAUUUUUUUUUUUUUUUUUUGUAGACGGACAGGUUUGUUCCUUUUUCCUCAGAGUUUUACGUCUUCCUUUUAAGCAUUGAAUUAGUUGUUUUAGCGCAGCGUCCCUCCAUGUUCUUGUUUCAAUGAUCAACUGAAACUAGAGGUGAUUACAAUCAUCUUUGAAGUAGUCAAAUUUAAAUCAAAGUCAGAACUUCAAACUAUAUUAGUUUUUUCCUUGCGUGCAGUUGAACAGCAUGUGGUUUUGAUAAGAGACGCUUAUGAAUUCGGUCUGACAGGAAGUGAGGCGUCAUAUUUGUUCAAAUCGAUGACUAACGAUGAACCAAAUAUGAUCAAACCUCUGGAUUUAGAUUCCACAAACGAACAGAUUCUGCUACAGUGAAGACCUUUGCCUUAACAGUUGAAGUAAUGAUUAUUUUCUUACCGUCUUUAAGCCAUACUGGCUAGUUGAUUGAUUAGUAGGUAAAUGCAGAGAGAUUGAUUGAUGAAUGAAUGCCUAAACUAGAAUUGAAUCUUGGCCAUCACCCCAUUUGUCUUGAUCUCUGCAAACUCCCCCAUUUUUUGUCGAAGUUUUAUUUAAGCAGUCCAGAAUUGUACGUUUGUACCUUGACAUACAACAACAGUGAAUAUGCCAACAACCCGUUAUCCCCUAAAGAGGUUUUUAAAGCACCCCCCAUCUCAUACGUCAAGGUUGGACUGUUACUGUAACCUGUUUUACAUCCAUGAUUGAGUUCAACUAGGGGCUUCCCUGUGCUUUUAUUCUGUCGUCACUGGCCAGUGCUUUUCUGCAGUUAAAGGCCUUAAACGGAGCUCACAGGAUGUCUUAUAGUGUCACGUCAAGUUGUACGAAUGUUUUGCGUGGCGAAUGAGACUGAUUCGUUCCUCUAUGCAGGUGAAAUCGUGUAAUCUAAACUCAGGAUCGAGUGCCGUCUCGCAGAUGGUUCAAUUCUAUUGUUGGAGACUCACUCAGUUUUUAUUCUGAUGUGUGGAAGGCCAUCAAGAAAACUGAUUUCAGAUUGUCCUGUUUCUGAAUGUUGUUUGGUUCAUUCUUCUUAUGAUUGUAAUGCUGGAUGUGACCAGAUGUUCAUUAUGCAGGCCAUGCCUUAGUUUAAACUUUAAGUGUUGGUCAGUAAUAAUCUCCAUCACAUUCACUGCAGCUAAAUACGAAGUGUUCAGAUCUAAUGUUCCGUUACGCUUUUCUUUCCAACACUAUUUUCAUUUUGUAUUUUUCGCAGGCUGUGUUGUGCAAUUGCAGAUUUUGUGUACAUAAGAUUCUUGCAAUUCACAUCCUUAAAAUUGUGCACCUGAGAAAUAUUCCAUGUGACUGUGUUAGAAUGACUAUAUUCAUAUUUAUAGUUCUCAAUAUAAACUAGUAUUUAAAAGUACUUAAAUGUGUGUGCGCCGCAUGUACUUUUUCUUUUCAAGUGGAUGGUUAGUGAAGCUUCUGAUGAUCUUACCUGUUGAAAAUCUGUUAUGUGUUUGUGUGGCUAUACAGCACUCGGUUCAACCUAAUAUUGACAAAAUCACCAAAUCAACUAUUACCUGACAUCUUGAAUUAUUAAGAUACUUGUAUAUUAUAUUUAGAUAUAGAAAAACAGGAGAGUCAGUCAGUCAGUCACACCCAUAUAAUGUGUGUUGGUAAGUGGUCAUUACUCAUUGAUGUAUAAAUGCAUCUUGCUGCACUGCAGAUGUAGGUUUCCAUACCAUGAGGUGCUUGAAAGGUGCCUCUCAACAGUUCCACUGUUGUUUUCAGUGUAAGAUGAAGCAGGUUUUCUUUUUGUCACAACAUUUCUCAUUCUGCAGAAUGUUGCCUAAGUACAUUUCACUCCACUGUGAAAAUGAGUUGAAUAACAUUAACACAAGGUCAACAUCAAUGUUCCCAACAUCCAACUAUAGUCCACACUGUACUUCCAUACUAACCUGUAAAUAUAUUUUAUCCUAACUACAUUAAUGAAGGGAGUGGAAUAAAAACUGCAAAUACAUAUGGUGAAAAAAUAUUUAUUUUAGUUUAUUUCUUUCUUUUAUGUUUGAAAUAGUUUUAAGUUGCAUGUAUAACUUUUUAUUUUAGUUAUUUUUUUUUUUUAGUCUGCAAGUUCACAUCUUUGGUCUCUAUUUCACUGUUCGGUCACAUUUCUAUCUUUUGUAUGCCUUUUGAAGAAAUGCUAUGUCGACCAGUGGUUUGAGUUUCCUGCUAAACCAUAAAGGGGGUUCUGAUUUGAUCACUCUGGAACAGUAAUAUUUUGAUAUACUGUACUGUUAUUUGUCACAUAUAUGCUUUUUUUCUAACAUUUUAACAGUUAAGGGUAUUAAUGCUUUGUACAUCCUUACUGCAAUAUAUAAAAAUAAACAGAAAUGAAAACUAUU